GCCAGGGAAGGGGUUGCUAUGGGAGAUGUGGCUUUCGAGUACGAGCUCGCUCGCUCGCUCUUUGUUUCGCUCUCUCUCUCGCUCUCGUCACUACCUUCGCCGUAGAAUUCUCGCUCGGAUUUAUUUACAAGUGCCUUGAAACCAUGGUGUGGAUAGAGACGGCGUCUCGGUAAAAGGAAGAAAGGCAGGCGCAGCGGAGUGAUCGUUCCAUGAUCAGGAUUUUUGAGGAAGAAGUGAGGCGGUUGGAGAGGUGGAUUUGACGGAAAGGUUGAUGAUCCAGUCCAUGAGACGUUUCUGCAGGAUAAAGAACGGGGUGAACGGCAUGGGCAUUACCAUUGAAUUUUCGCGACUUAUCUACUCGCCAGCCUACAGAAGUUGCAAUGUAGUGUGCCAUGUCCUAGUCCUGCAAAUGGCUAUCUCAGCAACAGCGGCGCUACAGCGUGCUCAUCCUCCUGUCGUUGAUGUGAGCGUAUUUUCACACGUACUUGAGGUAAAUUCGUCAAAGAAGGCACAGUUUGUUCCUAUGUUUGGAGAGCCUGGAGAUAUUGACAGCUCUGUCAAUGAUGGGAGUGAGAUACGUUUGCGUUUGGAAGGCCACUCAGGCUCAGGAAUAAAGUCACAGAACUCUGUUUUCCGUGGAUUCUUCAGUGCGGGAAUUAAACUACCAUGCGGUUUCGGCGGCAAUUCAGCUGGCAUUGUUUCAGCCUUCUACGCUUCAAAUGGAGGGUCUUAUCCUUCCAAUCAUGACGAAAUUGAUUUGGAGUUUCUCGGAGUUCGACCAGGCCAUCCAUAUGUAAUCCAGACCAACAUCUAUGCGGACGGCAGCACUGGAACGGGCCGGGAGGAGCGCUUCAACCUUUGGUUUGACCCCACAGUCGGUUUCCAUAAUUACAGUAUUCUUUGGACUUAUCACCACAUUGUAUUUUUCGUUGAUGAUAUCCCAAUUCGAAGGUACGUCUCUCGUCCAGAGCUAGGGGUGCCGUACCCAACGAAGCCAAUGAACGCAUUUGCAACAAUCUGGGAUGGUUCAACAUGGGCCACAGAGGGUGGGCAGUAUCAUGUAAAUUACACUCAGGGCCCAUUUGACGCAACGUUUACGAACUUGAAACUGGAGGGCUGUGUCUGGGACCCGAGGCUGCAAAUCGCUGCCCCUGAAUGCGCAUUGCAUACUUAUAAGGCGUGGUUUAACGACAAUGCAAUGCAAGAGAUGUCUGCCAAGCAAAUGAUUGCUUUGGAGUGGGCGCGAUCAAAUUUUAUGUGGUAUAGUUAUUGUGAUGAUCUAGAACGGUGGCCUGUACAGCCUCCGCCGGAAUGUCCUAAAAAAUUAGGGAAUUUGAACAACCUAGUCACCAGCGGAACGCCACCAUCACCGAGGAAAGGACCAUGGCGAAAGACUCCGAAGUCCAAACCUUUUGCUAGGCAUCAGCCGCCAACCCUUCCUCGGGUCCCAGGGCAGAAGCACAAGAGAAAAAUUGGCUCCAGGACGAAGUUGGAUGCUUUUCACCAACUCCCAUUCUCUCUAUGGAAGACGAAGUGAAGUAAAGUUGCUGGAGGAAAAAAUAAAACAUUGAUUAAAACUUUCAACUUUUAUCUUGGUGAUUCCGGUAAGAAAAUACAACAUUAUAUUCCGCCAGUGCCAUUGCACAAAAUUGUAGUCUUUUUUCUUUUACAGAUAAUUGCUUGACUGCUCAGAGUGACGCGAAGGCACCGGAUCAAGAUCGCAUGCUCAAUUGGUCGUUUACGCAAUCAUCUGAUACUGGAGGUGCUUCGUCUAAUUUUAAGAAUCUUAAACCAUAGAUAACAUUUACAUGUGAAAAAAUCUUCUCGAUUAGCAAACAGGAGAUUCGUAAGUGCAGUGUUUAUGACAGAUAUUCAGAUGUGAUCGCCUCAUUCCUGUACCAUCGCUUAAGAAUCUACAAUUGGCUGUAUUCUGGACGACUUCGGGGCAGCAAGUAUAACCAAUGCCCUAAUCCGACAUGCCACGCAUAUCUAUUGCGAUGUAUUUAAAUUUGGAGAGCAUCAAAUAAUACAACUCCUGAUCAAUCCUGUCAAUUUCGUAAA